AUGGCAUCAUCGGCGAUUCCCUCAGUUUCCCUCCAAUUGGAACACUUGCGAGAAACAGCGGAUUUGGGAACAAGGAUGACACAAAGCGGAACUGUUGGGGUGUCGGGACUUGGUGAUCGUUACUAUGCACGUGGACGGGAAUUCGAACUUUUGAAGACAGUACCGAUCCCUUUGGAACUACAACAACAAAUGCAGCAAACACGAAGUCGCUUUGAGAUGGGACUAUUUCCUGAAAUUGCCCAUGCCUGGGUGACGAUCGAUUGCGAUAUUUUUAUGUGGAACUACGAAACAAAUGAUGAUCUUGCUUACUUCGACGGAAUUCAGAACACCAUUGUGAAGAUUUCACUAGCCAGGCCUAAAACUGGCGUCUUUCAGGCGCAUGUUCAUUGGGUGCUUGUAGUAGCGACGGACGCGAAGUCUCGAUCAUCCCUGAAACCUUGUUCAAAGUUGACGUGGAAAAUGCGCUUG